UGUUGUAAGCGACACAGACAUUCUCGUGACGUAGACCACAUCGGAAGUUCGCCCCAUCGUCGAUGAGCUUGAACUGAGAUGAGCAUGCUGUAAAUUCCUGAAAUAUUUCUCCCAUUCCACUGUCUAACGUACCUGGCAGUCGUGAUAUCAUUAUUGACGGCGGCACUUUUAAUUAUACACAGGAGGAAGACUGGUGACCAUGGCUUCGCCAGAAAUUAGCAACUUUGAUGCUUUCAAGAGAUUCCUUCAUUUAUGUACUGAUGGUGCAGUGUAUAAAGUUAUUGGAAAUUGUUGCACAGUUGAAAAAACUCAGUUUUUAACAGAGUUGCUCAGUGAUCACAAAGGCAAAGAGGUUUUGACAGAGGUAUUAAAAUGUCACACAGAGAGAAAUUCAGUGAAAAAAGAAACAUUGUUGUUCACUGUGGCACUAUGUGCAAAGUCUACAGAUAAAGACUUAAAGCAACUAGCAUAUCAAACGUUCCUAAAGAUAUGUAAGUCGCCAAGGGAAUUAUUUCAGUUUUUAAGUUAUCAAAAAACAUUGACUGAAAAUACAAGAGGAUGGGGUAGGUCGCUAAAACAUGCAGUCAGUCAAUGGUAUAAUCAGCAAGUACCAUUAACUUUGGCAGAGAGUGUCACACGCCAGAUCAGCUACUGUGGUUGGACGCAUCGGGAUGUGUUACGACUUGGUCAUAUAAAAGGGGCAAGUGAUGCUACUUGUCUGAUCUUCAAGUACCUUGUAAAGGGAAUCGAUGAAGCUAAGAAAGAAUUUGACAAGGAUGGAGCAUCGGAGGAGGUUAAAAAGGUCCUUGAUUAUCUUGUUACCGUGGAUACCAUCAAACACUCAACAGAUGACCACCAGGUGGCAUGUCUGGUAGAAAAACACAAAUUUGGUUUAGAGAGCAUACCAACUAAGCUUCUGAACUCUAAAGAGGUUUGGCGGGCCCUGAUCAAUGUCAUUCCUAUGACAACACUACUACAAUAUUUCGGUAAACUAGCAGCUGUUGGGCUGCUAGAAACAUCAUGUGACACCAGUAAAACUUUGGUGGAGAAACUACAAGAUGUAGCUGCUUUGGAAGAGGGGAGGGUGGAGCCUUUAUCAGUUCUACUGGCCUCCAGGAUUUACGAACAAGGCAAAGGAGGCAAGCCUAAGUGGUCACGCAAUGAGGGGGUAGUUCGUGCCCUGGACAUCGCCUUCGAUUCUGCAAUUAAGAAAAACAUGGAGGCUACCAAAAAGCGCUACUUGGUAGCAGUACGUGUAGGCGUGAGCAAGGGGAAGUUAGCAGUGCGCGGGACACAGGUCCUCUCCAACAUCAUUGCUGCUGCUGCCAUGACAUCAAUGACCAUGAAGAGUGAAGACAAAGUUGAUGUAGUCUAUUUUACUCGUAGUGUCACUCCCCUUCCUGUCAGCUCCGAGUCCAAGCUUUCCGAUAUCUGUGAUGAACUAGCCACACAGAUCAUCAUAGCGGACAACCUUCCAGAGCCUGAGGAAGACAAGCCAAAGAAUGAUGAACCAUUGUUUAGAGGGGUUCCUCCUCCACCCUGUGAAAUGGCAGCACCAAUCCAAUGGGCAAGGGAAAACAAGAAGGCUGUGGAUGUAUUCCUGUUCCUGACAGACAAUCGGGACAAAUCCACCGGAAAAACCUCACCCCAGGAUGCUCUACAACAGUACAGGAAAGACAUGGACAUGCCAAAUACAAAAAUGGUGACAUGCGGCUUUACCAGUGCUACAAUGUGGGUGGCAGAUGAGAAUGACAAAAGGAUGCUAGAUAUUGCAGGCUUUGAUUUGACCGUCCCGAAUGUGAUACGUAAAUUUGUGAUGGACACUUGUUGAUGUGUGAAUACUAGACUGCCAAACCUAUUCACCGCAUAGGCUGCCAUUACCAGAUCAGGCUACUCUACCCAGUCUUCAUUAUAAAGUCUUUGUUCACAAGUGGUUUCUUGUAACAUUGAUGUAUGCAAAAUUAUAUGGAAACUUCCAAAAUGGUAAUUCUACUAGUCUUAUAUUGGUCUGAUAUAUAUGAAUUUAAAAUGCAUUUAAUUUAUAAUGAUCUGUUAAUAUUUAUUGUCAUAAAUAUUUUGGUAAAGUUUACAUUUUUGGAAGUCUGUUAAGGUUUCUUGUGAAGUCUGGGUAGUAUAGGGUUAAGAUUUACACCUUGUGAUAAUGUCAGGGAUAUGAUGGGCAUUAACAUGAUAACGAUGACUAGAUAACUGAUGCAUGUGGUAAUGUUAAAAGAGUUUUUGUAUGCGAUCUCAGUAAAACCCAGUUACCUCCAACUUGUGCGAGUCAAACUUUCUAUUUCAAGCUCUAGUCAGAUAACUUUUCUAACUUUUCUAACAAGUCAGGAACCCAUCGUCAGGAACCCAUCAUAUCAUGAAAUGGAUCAAUUACCUUUCCUGUAACUCAUACUCUGAUAAAAAAUGAUUCCUACCUACAAAAUUGUUUUUCCUGUAAAACUCAAAAACCAAAUGCUGUAAUGUUUAUUUUUGUUCCUGAACCCCAAUGACUUUGAGUGAAGUGGUUUUGCUGUACAUAGCAAUGUCAUACUAUAGAUCUGAUAACCAUAUAUUGGUGUAGUUAUUCAUUGGUUACACAAGGUAGAACAUACUAAUCCACUUAAUAGAUAGUAACCAAAUUAGUUAAGAUGUCACUCUCAAUUAUAAAAAAGCAUUGGGUAUAAAAAAAAAAUGGAUGUAGAUUCUUCUCUGUGUUACAGAAAUGAUGGGGUGUAACUGAGGUGUCCUAAUGAAAGAGUCAUCUCCCCUUUAUGGACCUAAUGAAGGAGUUAUCUUCCCUGCAUUAGAAAAAAUGUCGAACAUAAAUGGGGUGUCCUAAUGAAGACAUUAUCUCCCUUACAUUAAAGAAAAGAUGGGACAUAGAUGAGGCGUCUAAAUAAAGGAGUUAUCUCCCAUACAUGAAAGAAAAGACUAGACAUAGAUUGGGUGUUCUAUUAAAGAAGUUAUCUCCCUUCAAUGAGAGAAAAAGAUAGAACAUAGAUUUAUGAAGGUGUUAUCUCCCCUGCAUGAAAGGAAAGAUUUGGCAUAAAAGGGGGUGUCCUAAUGAAAGGAGUUAUCUCCCCUGAAUACAAAGGAAAGAAUGAUUUGAUAUAGUGCUGUCGUUAUACCUACAUAAACCUGAAGAUAUCAUUUAAUGAGAGAAGGAAAAUGUCCAUGAACAGCUUAUUUUUUAUUUAGGACUUUGCUUCCUUUUUUGAGUAUAUUCCUAAAUAUUUGCCCAACAAAAACUCAUAUUAAAAGGCUCUGUGUUAGUUGUAUUUGUUUAGAUAAAACAAGUGAUUUGUGUUGGAGAUGACUUGUUAAACAUCCUGUUGGAUACUACAACACCAUGGUAUGUUAUAUUUAUACACUAUACUGGUAUAUAGGUGAUGGAGAAAAAGAAUCUCUAGAUAUAUAAUAUAUCAUCUUUUCAUAGUUUACCUCAAGCCAAGAAGUGCUAACACAAUAGAGAAAUAUGUAUUACCUGUAUGUAUCCAUAUAAUAACUCCUACAGUAAAUUUUUUUAUCUACAGUUCAUAAAAGUAUAUCACAAAUACCGGUAUGUAAAAAAUAUGAAUGUGGUCACAAUAGAGGUAAUGUAAUUAUGAAAUGUCUGUUACAAGAAACUACCAUAAUUUCGUGCAUAUUACCUGCACAAGUUUAUAGCCUGCAGUACACAAAAUAAUGCCUCUUUAAGCAUUCUAUAAAAGAUAAUUUCAGAUUACCUACCUUUGCAGAUUACCCAUGGGUAAAACAAACUUUAUAACUCAUAUAUAUGCAAAUAUUUGUCCAUGAAAUCAUUGGAGGUUAUAUUUUCGAUUGAAUUUUCUGAUGUUCAAGAGCAGUGGACACUAGAAUGUGUUUUGUUUUGUUAUUUGUUUGGCAUUUGUGUGUAAGCCUGGAAGCAACAAAUAACCCACAUUUUUCUUCAUUUACGUUAAAUAAAAUUCUGUUGUUAACCUGCAAAAGACAUAUCCAGACGUAAAAAAAAAAAGUUGUGAAGCCUGUGGGAUAUAUACAGGAAGUUACAAUACCUGUUAAGUUUAUUACUGCCAUGAUCAAUGUGUAUCUUCAAGGAGCAUCAUUUGUGAAAUAUCUUGGAAAAGAAUCUGGAUGUGACAGUGAUUGAACUUUGAUAAUGCAGUGACUUAUAUGACGCUGUAAUAUUUUGAUAAUUUACAUAUAGGAUAUGACCUACAGCAUUUCAUCAAUAUUUUGUACUCCAAUUAUUUUGUAACGGUAAAUAGCACAUUACAUAGCAAACUAAUAAUACAUUGUACUUGAAAAACACUGCAGUUAACAAUAGAUUACUUAAUUAUACACAAAAUAUUUGUUGAAAAACUACUUCAAGGGUGUACACCUAAAAAUGGUGGCUUACUCUGGAUAUUAUUGUUGUGUACAGAUCUGAUGGGAAUGGACGUCCAUUGAUGGACAUGUUUGAUUUAUCGUUUGUUUUCCUUGCUCUUCCUUAAGUCGGUGUAAUAUUGCUUUCAGAUAUUUCUAGUUACCUCUUUGAAAAGCCAUUUAAUAACAUUAAGAGAAAUUGCCUGAGAAUUGGUGUGAUGGUACAAUGUCUGUGUUCUGUAGGUUAUAUGGCUAUCAACCAAAUGACCUUGAUUUACAAGCAAUAUGAACAUUACACAUUGUUUUUUUUUAGCCUGCAACCUUUUAGAGAGAAGGCUGUAAUGUAUAAAUUUUGCUAACAUUCAUGGCAAUAGCUGUCAAAAAAAUGUGAAGAAAAAUGAAAACCAAACCAUGUUUUGUAAUUUUGGCUCCAUAACCGUUCAGAAAGAGAGCAAUAAUAGAUAAAUAUGACUAGGUAACAUUCAUGGUCAUAGUCCAAAAAUGGGGGGGGGGGGGGGGGGGGGGGGGGGGGAAUGCAUUUGAAAUUUCAUGACAUUAGACCGAGACUUGCUUGGGUACAAGCUUUUCAAGUGCACUUUAAUGAUUGAACCCUAUUUCUACUUUCAGUCUUGAGAACAAAAGUCAAUUUUGUAAAUCUUCUCAUGUCUGAAGUUUUUAUAACUUGCUGAGGUUAAAAGACUAUCAAGAUUGCCGAAAUAAAAUAACCAGGGAUCAACCAUCUUGAAUAUUGCUAAAACUCCAAAUAUCUUCUGAAGGAGUUCACCAUACUAAAAUCCAUGGAAUAAAAGGCAUAUAAGAAUGCCCCUUGGGCCUCUGGCUUUGAUUUUGCAAAGAUUAUUUUUAAAAUAUAUUCUUCAGGGGAUGAUAUAUAGAACUAGCUUUCAAAAAGCUAAAAUGUGCAAAAAUCAUCGUUAAUGUUGUGCUAUGGAUGGCUUUGCAGUUGAUGGGGUAUGACCAGAAUAAAGCUCAACAUAUCAAAUCAGAGAACACAGUUGUAUUAGUUAAUGGAGUUUGCUGCUGCGGUGUAGAAGUAUUUCAGAAACAGUUAUUGUCUUGCAGUUGUCCUUUUUGUAUCCAUUUUUGUCCUGAUUUUUGUCCAUGAUUUCUUUAAAAAAAGUAAUUGAUUGUCAAAUUAAGUAUUGUCUGUUUAAUCCUAGAAAUUGAUGGUCUUUGUUUUAUACACAUAAUUUGUCAAAGACUGCCUAGCUGAAGUUGUGAUUUCAAGAACAUCAUAAAUGAUUUCUUUCUGUUGAGAAUCGGAAUACAAAAGGUAUUGGGUAUAAAAUCAUACUUUUGGUUUAUAACUUGAUAAGAACAUGUUUGAAUAUAUUGAAAUAACACAAUGCAAAGCUAGCCCGACUUUGAACAACUUGUAGUCUGGUUGUUACCCUGUAUGUUGUUUACCUGUGUUUGAUUCACCUGUUUGUGAGCCAGCAAGUGCCUGUCUGUCUGUCCAAACAUGUCGCAUUAUAGUUCACACUGAAAUGAUACAACAGGUCAUUCAGAAUUGGUAAUAAAGUUUCUUCAAAAGUUAUUAGUUAUUUUCAACUUUUCUGAGAUAUUUUUAUUCAGAGAUUUUGAUUUAGAAUAUUCACUAAAGUGCUCAAACAAUUCAACAUCUUACAAAAAAGAAUUCAUGGUUAUUGUAGUGAUACUGGCUAUGGAACUUCAGAGUGAACAGUUAAAAGAAAUAUGAAGAAAUCGGUAAGUGUUGGUAAACUGGUCUUCAUGCUGUCGAAAAGCAAAAACAACCCUGAGGAAAGUGUCGGGAGUGGGAAUGAGUAGUGAUUGUCAUGUCAACAGAUAUUUUUUUGUGGUAUAUGUUGCUAUGACAACCAUGAUGUCCCCUUUACUGGUGUUCUGUAGAAUUUCUACACCUCCCAUGCUUUUACGAUGCUAAUCCUAACUAAUGUAGUGAUUGGGCAGACAGAUUUCCGUGGAGUUCCAUUAAUCCCGUGGAUGUUGCCCUGGUAAACCUUUCUGUAUAAGGAGCCAUUCCUGAAAUGUUUUCCUUGGUCUGUUACACAGGCCAAUAAUACAACAUGUCAUGGUCAAUAAAACGCUUUGGCUAAGUCAAA